UUUCGGACAGACAGUUGACUUGUCGCUGUAACUCUGUCGCAUCGCUCGCACCUGGAUUUGGGAUUACAUGUUUGAAGAAAAAUAAUGUUAGGUUUCAUUUCAAACAUUAUGCUUCAGUGUUAAAACAAUAGAAAGUCCUCAACCGUAAAAAACCAAACGUGUGCGUCUUUGUCAAACAGCAACAAAGAGACCAAGGCGGAGAGAGGAUAGCCCACAUCUUCAAUUUCAAACCCACGCCUUGUGUCUGUGUAUACCAAUAACGCAGUUUGCUUUUCAUAUAUGAGUUUAUGCACCUUGCAGGCAAAGUUUCAAGGGAACUGCCUGGCUUGCAAUCUAUGUAGUAGCGGCAGGAGGAGUAGAAGAGAAGAAAGGACGUGCACGUUUGUCUCACCUCUCUACUACUUUGGUGAAGGUGGAAGAAGCGGACAGACGCGAUAAUAAUGCAGACAACUGUUCGUUAACCUGCACGGACAUGGUCCAGCUUUGUCGAGGAGCCGGAGGAGCAUUACAUGUGUUGCCCUGCGUUAGGAACCAGCGUGAAAGAGGAGAACACAUUUCUAUUGCGCUUUAUAGUUCAACGCAUUUGUAGAAUCGCGCAUCGGUCAAGUCAUGUCUUUUGAAUUCCGAAUACUGAUGUUUGGAAUCGGGACAGCGCUGGUUAUAUUUGUGAUUAUAGCUGAUAUAUCGGAAGUGGAGGAAGAAAUCGCGAACAUUGAGGAUUCACGGAAAUUCCACUUAAAAAGUGUCGCCCUUCAGUCCAACAGAAGUUCAGAUCUGAAUGCUGCCCCUACUUCUCUAGUCACAUAUAGAAAGAGCAAAGUCUCCUCUCUAGCUUCACCGUCUGACAUAAAGCGCAAAACCAGCAAUUCAUCCUCAUCUGAAUGGACUUUCAACAGAACCUUGUCUAACCUCAUCAGGAAAAACAUUUUGAAAUUCCUGGAUGCUGAGAGGGACAUCUCAAUUCUGAAGAGCACCUUUAAACCCGGUGAUGUAAUUCAUUAUAUAUUUGACCGUCAGAGCACCACAAACAUCUCAGAGAAUCUGUACCACCUUUUACCAACUGUGUCGCCCAUGAAGAAUCAGCAUUACAGAAAGUGUGCCAUCGUAGGGAACUCUGGCAUACUACUGAACAGCAGCUGCGGCAGAGAGAUUGACUCGCACGACUUUGUUAUUAGGUGUAACUUGGCUCCGGUGGAGGAGUAUGCUGCUGACGUGGGCCUGCGCACCAGCCUGGUGACUAUGAACCCCUCAGUGGUGCAGCGUGCCUUUCAGGACCUGAACAGCGAGGAGUGGGUGCAGCGUUUCGUCCAGCGGCUGCAAAGCCUUAGUGGGAGUGUGUUGUGGAUUCCUGCCUUCAUGGCUAAAGGAGGAGAGGAGCGAGUGGAGUGGGCCAUUCGUCUCAUUCUCCUGCAUACGGUGAACGUCCGCACCGCCUUCCCCUCUCUGCGUCUGCUCCAUGCUGUCAGAGGUUACUGGCUGACCAACCAUGUCCAGAUCAAACGUCCCACCACUGGACUGCUGAUGUACACCAUGGCUACUCGCUUUUGUGAUGAGAUCCACCUGUAUGGCUUCUGGCCCUUCGCUCACGACCCUGACGGCAAACCAGUCAAGUAUCACUACUAUGAUACACUAACGUACCACUACACAUCUAGUGCCAGUCCACACACAAUGCCUCUGGAGUUUAGGACCUUAAGUGCUCUUCACAGACAGGGGGCGCUGCGGCUGCACACGGGACCAUGCAAACCUCCUACAUGAAUUCUUUAAACACUGGACCUUACACACACACAAAGGAAGGAAAUGCUGUGAAAAAGUCUGGAACAACUGAAUAUUUCAGGUAAAUCUUUGACCAUAAGUGAGAACGCAAUAUAUGAAGAGGGGAUGUUUUCCAAAGUGUUCAAUUUUAAAAAGGUUUUUAAUCCCCCAUGCUGUUUGAUAAGAAGCCCCUUUCUGGUGUUAGUUUUUUUUCAUAUCAUUUGUUUUUUACAUCAUUCAUUAAGUGUCUUAGUUUAUUAAAUGCCAAAUAUGGCCACAAGAUGGAAGCAAAUCGUAGAGGAGAAAAUACAGGGUUUCUGCAGGUUUCAUAAAAAAGACUUUAGGACUAAUUCAGAAACAUGAUGAAUGUCAUUUCAUUUUUUUUUUUAUUUCAAAGACCUAAAUCACAAAUAUUGAUUUUGUUUUCUUGUCAUACUGUUACUGUAAACUUUAUUGUCACCUUUUAGGAGAAUUUUUUUCUGCAGCAUACUAGAUUUACAACACAUAUAUCACACCACACACUUAAGACAAACAUUAAACAACAUUAGUAGUACAAAAAAAAAAAAA